AUGCCGUGUGCGAGCUCGAGCCACCUCUGGAGUUCUUUCCAGGGCGCCGGAACGACGGCUCCCAACGCUGCCGGGCCUCCCAAUGAGAUGGCGGAGGCGGCGUCCCAGUGGGCGCGCCAUGCCGCCUUCACGGCCUCGCGCGCGGCGCAGGCCGCGCAGUACGCGUCGCAGCAGGCGCAGAUGGCCACGAACUCGGCGCAGAAUGCGGUGGCACAGGUCAGCUACUUGAUGAAUAAUCCGGAUCUUCGAUCGGCUGCAGCCGCCGGAUUCGGCGGUGACCUUGCAGAUGGUCUGUGUGGCGCUGCACAGAUCCUCACGGUGAGACAGCUGCUCCCCGACUUUGAUGCCAAGCACAAGAGGACAUGGCACACCUUUCUUUGA